UUCAAGUCACGUAAAACUGCCUUGCAGCAGGUAGACCGGUAGUUUUCGCCAAAACGUGAUGAACGCAUUGCGCGCGUCACCUACGCCAACUGAACCCAAACCAAGCCAAUAAUGCUAUUAUCAAACAAUCACACGGCAAGACACGUAACAGUGUGAUGGCUUCUGAUAUCAGUUCUCGUCCGGAUGAUAACGCUUGCUUUUUUUCGAGAAUGUUUGAUUGCAAUGCUGGUGUCUGACUCGAGAAGGUUUUGAAUCAGUCAGUGUUGUGACUGCAGUCCCAGUUAGAAAUAUGGUUUUGUGAUAACCAUAUUCACAGACGACCAUUUUUUCUGCUGUCACUCCUUUUCUUCGUGCAAACCACAAUCAGUAGACAAGCGCAACGAUCGAUCAUCCGUGGUUGAAACCAUUUCCAAGGCUCCCCAGAAGUCAAGCACAAUACCAGCAAUGAAGAUUAGAUUGUGUGACCAGUUAUCUUUGCCAAAAUUAAGCACUUUGAUUGUCGCCAAUAAACCAUAAAUUGUUGUCCAUCUCCACCACCGGUCAGUACCGGUACUAGAUGGUUUUGAGUGUUCUGAAAAUGCGGUAACGUUAGGAGUAGCAAGCAUCAUUAUCCAAAUAAUGGGUAAAGCGAAGAGACCGGUGCAUCCUUACUCUGAGGCCAAUGCCGUCAGCAAAUACUUCUUCUGGUGGCUCAUCGGUCUCCUGCGAGCGGGACUGCGGAGGCAGAUUGCGGUAGGCGAUAUCCACGAGACACUGGACGAACAUCGGAGUGAACAAAUUGGAGCACAUUUCCGCGAAGGUUGGCUGCAGCAAGUGCAAUUGCAGAAGCUGCAAGAAAAACCCAAACCAGUAGCAGUUGGCAAAGAUGAUGGUGUACCGACCACCGGUGAUGGGAAGAAGCGCCCGUGGAGGCUGUUGAAGGUGGUGUACAAAAUUUACGGCCCGGGCGUGAUUGUGUUUGGGUUGAUUUACAGCUGGUUGGAGUCUGCCUGCAGAAUCGCCCAACCGUUUCUACUGGGGGAACUGAUCCGGUACUUUGACCAAGUGGCGGCAGCCACCACAGCGCAAUCAGAAACGCCACCACCAAUCGGCGAGGCGUACCUCUAUGCGGGCGAACUGGCUCUGACGGUGGUCGCACCGUUGGCCAUUUUUCAUGUCUACCAACUGUUCCUGCUGCAGGUGGGCAUGAAACUUCGGAUCGGAUGCUGUGCACUCAUUUAUCAAAAGGCCCUGCAGCUCUCAACAACCCUCUCGGCGGACGGCCUGAGCGGCCGAAUCAUCAACCUCAUAUCCAACGACGUCAGCCGAUUCGACUACGCGGUGAUCUUCUUUCACGACCUAUGGAAGGGUCCUGUGGAGCUGGUGAUCGUGUCCGUCCUGGUGUACCGCCUCAUGGGACCCACCGCCCUAAUCGGAAUUGCCAUCCUACUCCUGUUCAUACCCGGUCAGGGCUGGUUGGGUAAGCUGGCUGCUUCGUUCCGACUCCGGGCAGCCAUGGCCACCGACGAGCGGGUGAAGUUCACGAACGAGGUCAUCCAGGCGAUUCAGGUCAUCAAGAUGUACGUGUGGGAGCGGCCGUUCGAGGCGGUGGUUCGAAGGUUGAGGCGAGAUGAGGUGCGGGCCUUGAGGGGUAGCGCGUUCAUCCGAUCGGGACUGUUCGCGUUGAGGAUCAUGCUGAAGUUGUCGAUCUUUGCCAGCUUGGUGACGUACGUGUACGUCGGGAAUGCGUUGACGGCCGUGAAGGUCUACAUGCUGGUGUCGUUCUUCAGCGUGAUCAACCACUCGAUGGUGGAGUUCUGGCCGCUGGCGGUGACGUCCUGCGCAGAGGCGUGGGUUUCGUUGAGGCGGAUUGAGGAGUUCUUGGAUGAGGAGGGUCAGAUGGGAGUAAGUGGUGGAGACGCGGAGGUAUGUGACGGAAAAAUUGAGGUUAGGGAGAUGAGGACUGAAUGGGUGGAGUCAGGUUUCCAGAUGAAGGUCGAUGACUGGAAGGUGAACAAAGGAAAGACAUGGGCGAUCGUUGGACAGAUCGGAAGUGGGAAGUCAUCGUUAUUGAGCUUGUUGAUGAAGGAGCUGUUGCCAAAAGAAGGAUCAGUGAAGGUUAGUGGGACAGUGAGCUAUUGCUCGCAAAAGCCUUGGGUGUUCGAAGGAACGGUGCGGGAUAAUAUAGUGUUCAUUGAACCGUUCGACGAGAAUCGAUACAACGAAGUGGUUCGGGUUUGUGCGUUGCAAAGGGAUCUGAUGUUGUGGCCGAAUAGUGAUCAAACGGUAGUUGGUGAAAGAGGGGUUAGUCUAAGUGGUGGACAGAAGGCGCGAGUGAACUUGGCACGGGCGAUCUACAGGCGAGCAGAUAUCUACUUGCUGGAUGAUCCAUUGUCUGCAGUAGAUGCCCAUGUUGGGAAACAUAUCUACGAGGAGUGUAUCCAAGGAUAUCUGGCCGAAAAGAUAUGCGUGUUGGUAACUCAUCAAUUGCAGUACCUUAGCGGAAUGGAUCGUAUAAUGAUCAUGGACAAAGGAGAAGUACAAGCAAGCGGUAGUUACGAUCAAGUGCGACAUUAUUUUAAAGACAUUGCUCAAGCGAAGAAUUCUGAGGAGGAUAUUGCUGAAGAACCGAUCGAAUCAGACCAUCUACUAGAGGAAAACGGUCAUGGAGGUUUGCCGAAGGCCAAAGUGGAAGAAAAUCAAAACGAUGGAACCAUUGGAUUCAGGGUCUACAAAGACUUUUUGAAGUCGGUAAACAACGGACUCUUCGUCGUGUUAGUAGGUUUACUACUUGUGGCAUGGCAAACAUCUUCUACCGGUACCGAUUACUUCCUAAAGAUAUGGGUAAACUGGGAGGAGAAGUUCUCCGGCACUCCCGAUGCAACUUGGACCACAGACGAUCACAUCCUCCUCUACAGUGGACUGAUCGCGUUAACCUUGCUGCUAUCGGUCAACUCGUUCGCCUUCUUCGAAAUGUGUCUACAGGCAUCGCUCAACCUGCACGCAUCGCUCUACCGCGGCAUCUCGCGAGCUACCAUGUUCUUCUUCAACACCAACUCGUCCGGUCGGGUGAUCAAUCGCUUCUCCAAAGACAUCGGGCUGAUCGAUGCCAGCCUGCCGGUGGUCAUGAUCGACAGUUUGUACUUCUUCCUGGAGUUGGCCGGAAUCAUCGUGAUCGUGGCACUGGCCAACUACUGGCUUCUGGUUCCAACGGCCAUUAUGGCUGCCCUGUUCUACGCUCUACGCUACAUUUUCUUGGAAACUGCCCGGAACGUCAAACGAGUGGAGGCGAUUACACGCAGUCCUAUCUUCGCUCACACGAACGCAACCGUGGAAGGCCUCACAACAGUUCGGGCCUUCAACGCCCAACGUCAGAUGCUGGAGCUGUUCGACGCCCACCAAGAUCUGAACUCUUCGGCGUCGUUCCUAUUCGGAGCCAUUACCCGCGGGUUUGCCUUCUGGUUGGAUCUGAUCUGCGCCCUUUACAUCGCGGCAGUGGUGUUUAGCUUUCCCGUACUGGGAACCGAAAUUGUCAGUGGAAACGUCGGGCUGGCCAUUACGCAAGUGCUGAAUCUGAUCGGGAUGUGCAACUGGGGAUUGAGGCAGACCGCCGAGUUGGAGAAUCAGAUGACAUCGGUGGAACGGGUGCUGGAGUAUUCUCGACUAGAAGAGGAGAAGGAUACGACUAAACCGGUGGUGGAAAUUCCGAAAAACUGGCCGACGAUGGGAGGUAUUGAAUUCCGCAGUGUCACCCUGCGAUACGGCCCGCAUGCUGAACCUGUGCUGAAGGAUCUGAGCUUCACGAUUAGAGCAAAGGAACGAAUCGGCAUCGUCGGCCGGACCGGUGCCGGCAAGUCAUCGAUUAUUCAGGCCCUCUUUCGCCUGGCACCGAUCGACUGUGGUGUUAGCAGUAAAGACGACACCACCACCACGGAGGUAGGGACCAUCCGCAUCGACGGAAUCGACACCGGGUCGGUUCCGUUGCGUCACCUCCGGGCUGCCAUCUCGAUUAUUCCCCAGGAACCGGUCAUAUUCUCCGGCAGUGUGCGCUCCAAUCUGGACCCUUUUGGGGCGGGAGACGAUGGGCGGCUGUGGGCGGCACUGGAGCAGGUGAACCUAAAGGACGUCGUGGCGAACUGUGUCGGUGGGUUGGACGCCAAGAUGGUCGAAGGGGGUGCCAACUUCAGUGUCGGUCAACGGCAGUUGAUCUGCCUGGCCAGGGCCAUCCUGAGGGACAGCCGGAUUCUGAUCCUGGACGAGGCCACCGCCAGCGUUGAUCCGGAAACCGACCGACUGAUCCAAUCGACGAUCCGCAACCAGUUCCGGGAGUGCACAAUUCUCACCAUUGCCCACCGGUUGCACACCAUCAUGGACAGCGACCGAGUGCUGGUGAUGGACGCCGGCCGUCUAGUGGAAUUCGACAGCCCGUCAAACCUCCUCCGCCUUCCCGGGGGCUAUUUCCGAAAGCUAUUCGAUGAAACCGGAAUGGACAUCAAUGAGUACCUGGCUGCGGGAUCGUGACUGUCACUCCAGAGAAGUGGACACACUUCUUCGUCAUCAAAUAGCAGCUCAAUGAAUGUACUGUAUAUAUACUACGAUAGCAUUAAAGAUUAAAUCAGUAACUGAUGGUGUUCAAAUAAGGUUGCCGUCACAAUAUUUGAUUUGGCUCAAAAGGAACAUUCCCAUUUACAGACUGUCAUCCUUGUGGUGGGGGUGGGGGUGAUUUCCGUUCGUGACUUCCGGCACCGUAAUCACUAUCUGUCAAUCAUUUGCACCACACCGCACCGUGUUUCAAUUGAGCUCAUUAUUUAACGAGCUUUUUCCUCUGCUGUUUUCCCGUUUCAUUUCAUUGAAGAUAAUGCACUUGGGGGAUUGUCCAACAAGUAAAUUUGAAAUUUUGAAUGGUUCGAUGAGUCGGCAAUCCUCCCUAUAAGUAGUCUUCAAACGUGUUUUUCUGAAUAGUUAGAGAAAAUCCUCGAAAUCCACUGAAGCAAAACGGAAGAAUCUCC